UUCAGUAAAAUAAAAAUUCUAGAGAGUCGGAAUUGCAAAAACCCCAAAACUCUCUCUCCUUUUAUUUUUCUUUUAUAGGAUUUUUGAUUAUAUUUUUUUUACAUAAAUACAUAUAAAAUCAAAAUCACUCCUUUUCGAUCUCUAACCUCCUUUUUGCGGCUGUCUCUGUCUUCUUCUCUUUUUCCUCUCUUUUAUUUCUUUCUCGCCAAUUGAAUUGGCGAGAUUUUGUUUACGCUUGCAAAGAGAUGGCAACCCAAGCAGAAGAAUCUACCUCCACUCCCCGCCCCCCUGCACAAGUGGUGGGUAAUGCCUUUGUGGAGCAGUACUAUAAUAUGCUGUCUAAAUCCCCAGAGAAUGUUCACAAGUUUUAUCAGAAUUCUAGUGUGAUCAGUAGGCCAGAUUCUGAUGGUCUCAUGUCAUCUGUAUCGACUUUGGAUGGCAUUGACAAAAUGAUUCUCUCUGUGGACUAUAAGAAUUAUGUGGUUGAGAUAUUGACAACUGAUGCUCAAGAGUCUUUUGGGGAUGGGGUGAUCGUUUUGGUCACCGGUUUCUUUACUGGGAAGGACAAUAUCCGAAGAAAAUUUGCACAAGUAUUCUUUUUGGAACCACAAGGUCAUUCGUAUUACGUAUUGAAUGAUGUUCUUAGGUAUGUGGGUGAAGAAGAAGUAGCAUCCAUCAAUAUUAAUGAUGGUGAUGACACAACACCAACUGCGCCGGAGACACCAGAUUCUGAGCCAACUUUGGUCUCUGAUAACUCUGUGCAUGAUAAUGUAAUCGCAUCUUUGGAGGAGGAUACUGUUCAAGCAGAGGAAUCUAGCCAUCCUUUGGACAAUGGAAAUAUUUCUACCGUUGAUGAAGAAGCUGUAUCAAUUCAUUCAGUCGGUACAACUCAAAGUGAUGGUAACCCAGUUUCAGCUGGUACAGAACAAAGUGAUGCUCUCCCAGUUUCUGAUGUGGUUGCUUCUACUGUCCAGGAGGAUGCUCCAAAGAAGUCUUAUGCAUCAGUAGCAAAUGCAUUGAAUUAUAAAAAGCAGCCAUUCCAACAAAGAGUUUUACCUGCCAAACCUGUCAAACAGUUCCAGGCACCUGUAGUUGCAACUGUGGCACCUGAAGUUUUGCCUCCUCCAGCUAACAAUAAAUUUUUGGAUAAGAACAACAGUCAAGUUAAGGGUUACUCCAUAUUUGUUGCCAAUUUGCCGAUGAAUGCAACUGUUGAACAGUUGAAAGAGACCUUUGAGAAAUUUGGGCCCAUCAAACCUAAUGGAGUUCAAGUCAGAAGCUAUAAGCAAGAAAAGAACUGUUUUGGAUUUGUGGAAUUCGAGUCUGCAAACUCUAUGCAGAGUGCCCUUGAGGUUUCAUCUAUUGAGAUUGGUGGCCGGCAAGCUCAUAUAGAGGAAAAGAAAGCCAAUACGGAGGGCAGCAAACCCCCACCUAGAAAGACUGGUUCCCGAGGAGACAAUUAUAGGAAUCGGGGAAACAGUGGAGGACGUGGCUAUGGGAGAAACGAGUUUGAUAAUCAGGAUGGAUUAUCAGGUCAAUCUCGUGGUACUUCCAGACGCAAUGGAGAAGGUAACCAGAAAGUUUAUCAGAAUGGAGGAGGCAGAGCUCCUCGGCAAGGACCAGGACAAGGCGAAGGUCAAGCCCAAGCUGAAGGUGGGAAAAACUAGACUGCUGCUUUCUCCUGGAAUUUUGUUUCCUUCUUUUCUUUCUUUCUUUUUUUGUUUGAAUUCAAGUUUAGAUAGAAUAAUAUUUAGGUAACAGAUUGCGGCUUUUUUUAAAAAAAAUUUCAUUUUCAGUUUAAUUGAUAGAGUUAUUUUUAAAAGACUUGCACUGUCAAGCAUAAGAAACAUAUUUAUUUUUAUCAGGAUUUUUUGGGGUA